AACCUAGUUAUGUCGUUAUCAUGUCCACUCCUAACUAAGCAAGAUAAUUAUUGAUAAAAUAUCGAAACGAAACUCAUUUAUUGUUAUAAACGGAAUAUUGUCGUUCAGUGUCGAUUUGUUACAAAAGUUUCAACCGGUUUAGUGUAUUUUACCUAAGCAUAAGUCAUGGUGGAUGCGGUGUUAACCGAAGUUAAGAAGCGAAUUAAAGUGAUAACUGGCCAUCACACGGAUGACUGGAUAGAUCGAUGGUCACACAUGUACACAUGUUUAUUCCUGAUUAUCGUCGCCGUGAUAGUGUCAACAGUUCAGGUUGUGGGCAAACCAAUCAACUGCUGGCUCGCAGCGGAAUACGAGAAAGAUUGGUUCAAGGCCUACGUGGAAAGUUAUUGCUGGAUUUCUAACACUUACCACAUCGCCUUCUUCGAAAAUCUGCCCGUGGACAUUGACAAGCGUAAAGAUAGAGAAACUACUUAUUAUCAAUGGGUACCACUCAUUCUUCUGCUGCAAGCCUUCAUGUUCAAGUUUCCAAAUGUCAUCUGGAGACUUAUGCAUCAUUAUGCGGGCAUAAGCCUCGACGGCGUCGUGGAUCUCUCACAGAGCACGCAAUGUUCCUCCCCGAAAGAUUGCGAUAAUGCCAUUGACCGCCUUGCAUACCUUAUUAACAAAUGGCUAGAAACGCAACGUAACUACAAAAACAAUGUGUAUACCCGAACAAGAGAUCGCAUUACUGGUACGUUUGGAUGUUUUUGCAGCAAACGAGGAGGCACCUUCUUACCCGGUCUUUUUCUCUUAUCGAAGUUCCUUUAUGUUGCAAACGCUAUUGGACAAUUCUAUCUGCUAAAUGCAUUCCUGGCGGUUUCUUACAACUGGUACGGGUUUGAAGUCCUAGAGAAAUUGAGAAGUAACACGCCGUGGACAAAUAGCCCACGAUUCCCUCUCGUCACUUUCUGCGACUUUGAGAUUCGACAUCUUCAAAACAUCAAACGCCAUACCUACCAGUGCGUGUUGCCGAUAAAUUUAUUCAACGAGAAAUUCUUCAUUUUGCUCUGGUUUUGGUUCGUCGUCGUUGCUGUACUCGCAUGCUGUAACUUCGGACAGUUCUUGUUUACUGUCAAUUUCAAGUCCAAUCGACAAAGGUUUGUGAAGAAGUACUUGGACAUCGGCAAGAAUUUAUACGAUGAGCAGUUUGACAAAACGGUUCGCACUAAAUUUAUCGACGACUACCUUCGUGAGGAUGGUGUGUUUGUCCUUAGGAUGAUCGCGUCCAAUUCUACUGAUAUUGUUACCACAGACUUAGUGAAGAAACUAUGGGACAUGUUUACAAGCAACAAAGACGAUCGUAAAGCGAAUGACGAUUUGUAACAUAUACUUGGAGCAUAACAAGGAUGUUUUACUAUAUUCUGUAACAUUCGGUGUGGAAAAAAUCAGCAACACAAAAUCUUGGACCGCUCGACAGAAUGCUGAUUUGUACCAAAGAAAGGAGAAAUAAUACUUGUGUACGGUAAUUAAAUGUGGUUAAUGACCCAGUUAAUGACCCAGUUGACAAUGAUCAUGCAGUCUUUAUGAAUGAAAUCCAGUUGUAAAGACACACCUCCGCAUUGGACCAAUGAAAUCACUCGUGUCUUUUAAAUGUCAGUUAGUUGAAAUGUAUGUAAACAAAGGUUUCAAACGGCGCUGGACAGUUAGUCUUGAUGCAUAAUGUAACGACAAGAACGGUAAUAAUGUUUUUUCAUACGUUUUAUUGAAUUAUGGUAUCGAGGUACAUGACCUUUGUAGGGAAGAUGCCCUUUACUCCGUGAAGAUUUCAGUCUUAAAGACUGCAUGAUCAUUGUCAACUGGGUCAUCCGAGUUGUGUAUCGUGUUAUUUCUUAUAAGUUGACCCAGCAUUUGUAAAAAUAUUGCAAGACAUAUACAUUUCCAGAAAGAAAAUUCAUUUCUGCGUUGAAUAAGACCGAUAUCGUGCAAAUCGCUGCACAAUUGAUGAAGAUAUGGCUGUUCAAAGCGAUGCACCCCGUUUUGGGGUGAUUUUGAGUUGCAUACCUUGUUAUAUAUAUAUUUGAUAGUGAUUUUUUUUUCAUAAAAUUUAUUUUUUCGUUAUAAUAUGAUUAUUUAUCAUUCAAAAUGAUGUUUUUACUAAUUAAUAUCAUAGCCACACGCUAACCACCUGUGGUAUAGUUGUGAUGGCUCCAUAAAGUGAGGGGCCGCGUGGGAGGCAUUUUCAGCAAUGCAAUUUGACGUCAUCAUACGGACAUGUAUCAGACUAAAUUGUAAAAUUUGUAUACAUGUACAUGGUUAUAACAAUGUCAGUGUUAUCAGUGUUUUGUUUUAAUUAUUGCCGAAAUCGAUGUUGUUAUGAAUCAUUGGUUGCUUGUAAAUAUGUUGUAUCUCUUGAAUUUACUUAUGAUCAAGCUAUUUAAAACUG